AUGGAACUUGCGACUGCUGCUGUCAUUCUUUUCCUUGCAACCGCCUGCUUAGGAGCUUAUCCGCAGGGUCAAGUUGAUAAAUGUAUCUCUUUCGGCGAUUAUCAGGUCUACGAGCAGCUACCUGUCGCUCCCUCACCAUGGACUCCGAAAAGAAUUGACCAUAUCAAUCAAGACCAGUCAUUUAAGCUUCGGAUCCACCUGAAAAAUAUAAAUACACCUUCUUUUCAUCAGAAGGUUUUCGAAAUGAGCACGCCCGGUCAUCAAUCAUAUGGUCAACAUAUGACACGUAAAGAGGUAAACAGUUACUUAGCACCAUCACCACUCUCAUUUCUAUUGGUUCGUCAGUGGCUAGAAGAACAAAACGUUGGGAAUAUAACUGUUGAAAAUGAUUGGUUCGUGGUGGAAAGUACUGUCAGAGGAGUCGAAAGGCUUCUACACACAAACUUCGAAGUUUAUGAGAAUACACUGACAGGAAAGUCUGUAUUACGGACACUAUCUUACAGCCUUCCUCGCUCUCUCAGAGCUCAUAUCGACAUCAUUGCACCUACAAUCAAAUUCUCUACACCAGGGGCUUACAGAUCCACGCUGGUGGACUGGCCUGCGGAAGAAAUACAUGAAAAUACUGCGUCUCUUGAUGGUGGUGCUGCUGCUGCGUGCAAUUCAUCUAUUACUCUUGAAUGUAUCAAAGACCUCUAUAACCUCCGCCAAUUUUCAGGUUCAAAUAGUAGUAAUAAUCAAUUUGCCCUAGCUGGUUUUCUCGAAGAAUACGCUCAGCACGAUGACCUUAACCGUUUCCUAACACUGUAUGAGCCUGAUGCUGUCGGAAAUGAUUUUUCCACUGUUCUUGUAAAUAAUGGCUCCAACACACAACAGAACGAAACAGACAAGUCUUUGAAUAUGGGUGAAGCUAAUCUAGACAUUCAAUACGCUUUUCUGGCCUAUCCAACACCAGCUAUGUACAUCUCAACAGGAGGUCGACCGCCCGAGACGUCUAAAUACGAGGUUGAUAACGAACCUUACCUUGAGUUCCUUACCUAUCUCCUCGGAAUCGAUCAGCCCCCACAGACAAUCUCUAUAUCAUAUGGUGACUCUGAAUGGUCUGUACCAGAGUCGUACGCUCGCACUGUCUGUGACCUCUUUUCUCAAUUAGCUGCCCGUGGCGUGAGCGUGCUUGUUGCAAGCGGAGACUCUGGCUCCGGAUCCAACUGUAAUGAAACCCAUCCUGGCUCUCUUUACUACACACCAUCAUUUCCAGCUAGCUGCCCAUUUGUUACCAGCGUUGGCUCGACCUAUCACAUCUCUCCCGAAAUUGCCGUCUCAUUCUCUGGUGGCGGGUUUUCUGAUAUCUUCCCCCGUCCAGCAUAUCAGGAUCAGGCCGUGACUACUUACCUCGAUAAUGCUGAUCCAAGCUUCACACCCUACUUUAACUUGUCAGGUCGCGCUUACCCAGAUAUAGCAGCGCAAGGUGUCAAUUUCCACGUAUUUGUUCGUGGCAAUAAUGUCCUUGAAUCUGGCACAAGCGCUUCUACUCCUAUUAUGGCUGCUAUAAUUGCUCUAUUAAAUGGUGAUCGGAUUGAGCGUGGGGCUCCGCCUUUGGGCCUACUAAAUCCAUGGCUAUAUGAAAACGGACAAGCAGCCUUUACUGACAUCGUUGGAGGAAAAGGUAGUGGCUGUCCACAAAUUUCCGGCAGUGGCUUUCGUGCAUCUACAGGAUGGGAUCCAGUAACGGGCCUUGGGACACCUGACUUUGAAAAAUUACGAGAACAAAGCUCGAAUAGCAUCUAA